AUGGCGGGUGAUGCUCGCCACACUGGGUCCCCGGGAAUGGGCGGGCGAGGCCUGCCACGGGUGGGUUCCGCCCGGGAAUGGGCCUGGGGCGGGCGAGGCCUGCCCACGGGUUUCCCGGGAAAUGGGCCCGGGCUGGAGGCCUGCCACGGGUCCCCGGGAAUGGGCGGGGCCGAGGCCUGCCCGACGGGUUUUUCCGGGAAUGGGCGGGCCGAGGCUCGCCCACUGGGUCCCCGGGAAAUGGGCGGCAAUGAGCGAGGGUCCCGGGAAUGGGCGGGCCGAGGGCAUCCGCCCCGGGAAUCCCAGGGACUGGGAGGGCGAGGCUCCCACCGGGUCCCACGGGAACGGGCGGGCGAGGCUCGCCAACGGGUCCCCCUGGGUAAUUGGACGUGGGCGAAGGCUCGCCAACGGGUUCCCCGGGAAUGGGGCGGGCCGAGGCUCGCCACGGGUCCCGGGAAUGGGCCGGGCGAGGCCUCGCCAACUGGUCCCCGGGAGGGAUUGGCGGGCGAGGCCUGCCACGGGUUCCCCGUGGGAAAUGGGCCGGGCGAGGCCUCGCCACGGGUCCGUCCCGGGAAUGGGCGGUCGAGGCCUGCCAAGGGUCCCGGGAAUGGGCGGGCGAGGCCUCCACGGGUUCCCGGGAAUGGGCGGGCGGGCUUCGCCAAGGGUCCGGGAAUGGGCGGGCGAGCUCCCCACGGGUUCCCGGGAAUGGGCUGGGGCGAGCUCGCCAAAACCGGGUCCCCGGGAAGGGCGGGCGAGGUCCGCCCAGGCAUCGGGCACCCGGGAAAUGGGCGGGCGAGGCCUCUGGGCCCCGGGUGGGCGACUGCGGUCCCCCGGGAAUGGGUGGGCGGCUCGCCACGGGUCCCGGGAAUGGGCGGGUGA